AUGUUCGCUGAAGGUCACGAUACUGAAGUCACGCUCGCGUUAAUUACUUUGAGAAUCUCGCGUGCCAAUCGCGUCACCCCUCCACAAACCAAAGAUGCAGAAAUGGCCACCAUAAAGGCGAUCGAAGGCAAGACGGUACAUCAAAUACAGUCUGGCCAGGUGAUCGUUGAUCUCUGCUCCGUGGUUAAGGAAUUGGUGGAGAACAGCCUCGACGCAGGAGCGACAACCAUCGAUGUCCGAUUCAAGAACCAAGGGCUGGACGCCAUAGAAGUUCAGGAUAACGGCGAUGGAAUCUCCCCGCAUAACUACGAUACUCUCGCCCUCAAACACCACACCUCUAAGCUCUCGACCUAUGCCGAUCUGACGACCUUGCAGACCUUUGGCUUUCGAGGCGAGGCUCUCUCCUCGUUAUGUGCACUCUCGAAGUUCUCAGUUGUAACAUGCAUGGCGGCGGAUGCGCCGAAAGGUACGAAACUCGACUUCGAAGUGUCGGGCAAGUUGAAGGGGACGAGCGUCGUUGCUGCGCAGAAGGGAACGACUGUGUCUGUGGAGAAUCUGUUCAACAAUCUGCCAGUGAGGAGAAGAGAGCUUGAGAGGAACAUCAAAAGGGAGUGGAAUAAGGUGGUGGGAGUGCUGGGCCAAUAUGCUUGCAUACAAACUGGGAUCAAGUUCUCGGUGUCUCAGCAGGCUGGGAAGGGGAAGAAGACCACGCUGUUCUCUACGAAAGGAAAUCAGUCGACGAGGGAGAACAUUGUGAAUGUUUUCGGGGCAAAGACGUUGACGGCUUUGAUUGCUCUGGAUUUGAAUCUUGAGCUGGAAGCCACCAGUGCUCCCAGUCAGAGAUGGAGUACCCAUGAUGAUGGUGGCUCCAAGGAGAUCCGGAUAGUAGGCCAUAUUUCACGACCAGCGUAUGGAGAAGGCCGCCAAACCCCUGAUAGGCAAAUGUUCUUUGUCAAUGCCAGACCAUGUGGUCUGCCACAAGUUUCCAAAGCGUUCAACGAGGUCUACAAAGCAUACAAUGGCACUCAGUCACCAUUCAUAUUUGCCAACAUCGAAUUAGACACCCAUUUGUACGAUGUCAACGUCAGUCCAGAUAAGCGGACCAUUCUGCUGCAUGAUCAGAAUCGCAUGUUGGAGAACCUGAAAGAAGCUCUUACUGCUCUCUUCGAAUCACAAGACUACACAGUGCCUAUCUCGCAAUUGCCUGCACAGAAACAACCGACGUAUAAACAGCUUACUAUCAGUCGUGAAAACAGCGGAGCCACAAGGACAUCCCAAACUCCUGCUGAGGUGACUGAAGCCGAAGAAUCUGAAGGGUCAAGGUCUGUUAGUAGAGAUCUCGGAGAAGAUGGUGGUGAGGAUGAUGAUGAAACGUCGGGGAAAAAGUCCAAUCCUCAGCUGAGACGCAGCGCUGUGUCCAGAGAAUCUAUGAAAAGAGACAGUGGCGCCGUUAGUCUAAUAGCAAAAUGGGUAGGCAGGAAAUCGGCAGAUCGAGUAGAGCCAGAUGAGCAAGAUGAUGAUACGACAAAGUCUGCUUCUAAGACGCUUGUUGGUCUUUCGGAAGAGAAGCGCAGACUUCUGGGAAAGUUACGAAGAGAAAGCGAGGAGGCACAAGCAGCACCCGAUUCCUCUGAGGAGGUUGGCAGCCCUUCUGCGACUGAUCUUUCUACAAAUACCCAAGCUCCUUCCGCCACACCACCUAUUCUCAUCUCUAACUUCAACAGGCAGCUCUCCGAAGCUCCAACGAUCAGCAGCGAUAGAGGUUCUAUUGACCCUGAGCUACCAAUCCCUGCACUCCAGCCAAUCCCAAAGCCAACCCCGUCAAUCGCAGACAGAUUUUCAAGCACACCGAGAACACAGCGACCAGCGCCAGAUAUUGCCACUAUCACGAUUGGAGACUCUACUGUGACCAGCUCCAUAGGAACUCCAUGUCCUAAGAGAGCUCGAACCGAAGAUAGUCGAAGCACGGCCCGUGAUAGUCAUCCUGCCCAGGAUCUGAAGCCCACGCUGCCAACAUUUGGAAAGAGUCUGAGCCAAAUGUUUGCUGCUCCUGGGACUGCCCGUCAGUCUGAUCCUGAUGAUGAAAUUGAAGAUGAAUCAGAUGAGCACGCUGGUCGAUCGUCUCCUCGGUCGAUUACAGGCUCUGUGAAGGGUUUAGUGGAGCCUGACGACAAUGAAAACGACGAAAGAAUGCAGAGUGAACAUAAGCCGAACGAGCUCGCAAAGCCGGAUCUGGAUUCUUCACUUCUCUCACCCGAAGCGGAAGACGAUGGUGAUUAUGUCGCCGAAGCAGAGAAAAAGGCUCUUGACGAGGCCAAAGUCCAGGAAAUGAUCGAGGAAGCAGAGAAGUCAGCUGCACUUCCGUCGCAAGAGAACGUGGAGCGCACGAAGGUUCUCCUCAAGGGCGGUUCGAAAAAGAAGGAUGCUACCCUCAACUUGUUGAGAUUGGUGGAUACCGACAUCCAUAAAAUUGCCGAACAGAAUCAGGCUCUCGACGAGGCUUUGGCUGCAUACCAGACGAUUGUGUCGGAAAAAGCAGAAGACGAGGCUUUGGACUCAGAGCAUGCGGAAGAGAAGCUCUCCCUGACUAUCACCAAGGCGGAUUUUGCAAAAAUGAAAGUCGUCGGUCAGUUCAAUCUUGGCUUCAUUCUAGCGACUCGGGCAUCCGGAUCAAGCACUGAAGAAGGCGUCAUGACUGCCGAUGAUAUGUUCAUCAUCGACCAGCAUGCUUCAGAUGAGAAGUACAACUUCGAGCGUCUACAAGCUACGACAAUCGUACAGUCUCAAAGACUGGUUCGUCCCAAGACCCUCGACCUUACAGCACUCGAAGAAGAGAUUGUCAUGGAGAAUCUUGCAGCCCUCGAAACAAACGGCUUCAUCGUAACAGUUGACGAAUCAGGCGAAUCACCUGUAGGAAAUCGCUGCCAGCUCGUCAGCUUACCACUCAGUCGCGAAACCGCCUUUUCGCUCACAGAUCUCGAAGAAUUGAUAGCUCUCCUGGCAGAGCAUCCACCCGGAACAGUACCACGUCCUGCUAAAGUCAGGAAAAUGUUUGCCAUGAGAGCUUGUAGGAGUAGUAUCAUGAUUGGCAAAACCUUGACACAUAAGCAGAUGGGUAAAGUUGUCACACAUCUGGGUGAGCUGGAUAAGCCAUGGAAUUGUCCUCAUGGAAGGCCGACCAUGAGACAUUUGUGUGGACUGGGCGAGUGGGACAUUGAGGGUUGGAAGGAGGAUGUGAGGGUUGAUGAGGAGGGCGAGAAAACUGUUGGCACGGAUUGGGCCGCUUAUGUUAGGAGUAAUAGAGGUGUUUCUGCUUCUCCGGAUCUGGAGGAUGAAGCUGAGGAUGAAUCUGGGGAAGAGGACGGGGGAGACGAGGAAGAGGAGGAAGACGAUGGGGGGGAUUCAGGCGAAGAGGAGGGCGAGAUGGAGUAGUCAUUGGAAGGUGAGGACAUCUCAGAGGAUGGAGAAGCGUCGUAGAUGUUGGGACGGGCAAACGUGGGAAACUGGUUAUUUACUUCUGAAGGCUGAAGCGAGGCGAUCGGUUCUUUUUGGUCUGGUCACAAGAAGGCGUUCUUGGUCCAGGUAUCCAUUUCCAUUCCUCUUUUCUACAUUUGUACAGACAACACCCCUGCCAUCCAAGAUACCCCCUUCCUAGCCAUUGUCCAUAUACUUUCUCCUGGUAUAUGCGCCAUAGAACCAACAAGCAAACAGUCAAACAAAUCAAUCGAUCAUAAACAAAACUCCCUCAUUUCCAAAUCCAACCAAUCAUCCGACCCAUUUACAAGCCACUCACUUUCCUAAACCGAGUCCCCCAUCCCUUUCCCCCAUUAUUACCACCUCGUCCCUCCUCAGCAACCUUACCACUCACAUCUCGUCUAUCCAAGACUCGGAAUCCACCCUUAUUACCGAAAUAAUUCCCACUCGACACCUGUCUGUUCGACCCACCUAUCAUAAUCGGCGGUGUCCCCGGCUUCAGCUCCCCAUAGUGCUUCGCCUUGAACGCAAGAUCUUUCUGUUCCGCUUCCCGCUCUCUCUCCUUCGCGCGCUCAAGCUCAGGCGAUGUGAUGUCCGCAAUAUCACCACUCACAUUACCCAUCCCCAUCCCCAUCCCCAUCCCCAAAUUCCUACUACGAUCGACUACACUACGCCCAUACCGAUGGCUGUUACUGCUAAUCUCACUCAGCGGCGAAUUUGAAUUCUCUCUCAAAUUGAAAUUCGUGAUAUGGCGCGGCGUAGGUGGGUUCGCCUCUAACGGAUUCGGAUGAUCGUACGACGAGCCAUAGUCGGUCGCUACGUCGAUGGAGAUAUCUUCCUCGGAAUCGUGUCUUUGGUGCAGGCGUUGGUAUUGCGCUUUCUUGGCUGGAGAGGACCGCGUGCGUGCGUUGCGGCCGAUGCUGUCGUUUGCGAACCAGGGUUCGUUGACGGCGCCGACGUUGCGGGUCGUGGUUGUGCGGAGGGAGGAGGUGUCGGAUUGGAGGAUUUCGUGGGCGUAUGGUGCUGGGCCGCGCUUUAGAGGGGAGGGCGGUGGGGUGUAUUGGUUUUGGGGUGGGGUGCUGAAGUUGGAGCCUGGAGUGCUCUUUAGUUGGUCGGCGGCGAGGGAGGAGCGGUUGGAGGGGACGGCUUGGUAUUGUCGUGGUGGGAGAUCGGAGCGUGCGUCUCGAGAUGGAGGGGGUGUAGAUUUGUAGGUUGAGAAGGAGGUUGUGGAUUGCGUGCGUGUGUGGAAGAAGGGGAUUGUGGGCGGGCGGCUGAGAUCCUCGUAUGCGGCGCCGGAUGCCUGCUUGCUUUCCAAUGGGAGCGAGAUUCGUUUCUCCGAGUAGUUGGAGGACAUUACCGUGGAGACGGAGGAUUUGUUACGUUUAUGGCGAGUGGUAAGGUGGUCUUCCAAUGGGUUCAUAUCGGGCGGGAGCUUUGUGAUCUUGCGGAAGGUCACGGCUAGAUAAAUCGAGAUUCCGAGGGAGAUAAGGUGUAAACCACCACCGACAGCUGCGAGAUAGAAGACGCAUUUAGAGAAGGUGUUUAUGAGAGUAGGAUUGGAGAGUAUUGUUUUCCAACCGGAUUGUCGGGUCAUGGCUACGAGUGCGCUGAAUCCAUAGAAGGGAGCGAUAGAGACGUCGAAGAAGGAAGCGAAGAGCAUGUAGGAUGCUGAAGAUGCGGGUGUUCGUCCUGACGGUUUACGGCAUAGGUGGUAUGCACCGUAGACUGUGUGCAGAAUGGCUACUCCGGGCUGAAAGAUGUUAGCGACUGAAUGUUGAGAAGGGGGAGCCAGACUUACAACUAUUCUCAUGACCCAGCCAGUGGAGGCGUCAACACCUUUGAUCAAGAUCAUCAAGGCCAGUAGUCCGAGUGCCGUAAGCAAUUCGAGGCAUCGCAACACCAGUUGUAUGAUGCGCAUCCAUUUUAUCCAUUUCUUCACACUGGGAUUCAUAGGUGUCGCAGUUGAGCUUCCGUAGGGGAGGAUAAGAUAUGAACUAUGCGCAGAUAUUAGCAGCAAUUCAAUUGGACCAUAGCAAUGACAUAUGAGGGAAAGUUGUACUCAGGAUGCUGAUUGAAGUUGACCAACGGUCCCUCAUGCUUCGGCCGUGGAGGUUUAGGUGUAUAACUUGCGCGAGUGACGGCCUUGGGAUCAAAUUCCCGGUAUGGAGACCCUGGUCCCUCUGUUUUGAUGGGAUCGUAGAGGAAUGGAGGAUUGACACCGCCCAUUAUUGCUUAGAGAAUGACUGAUCUGACUGAGGCGACGAUGAGACAGCAACGAGCGAAGAAUUCAGAAAAGAACACUGAACAAUGCGACCAGGAAUGCGAUGUUGUCA